GUGAGGAAUGAUCUACGCAACAGAAGAAGAGAAGGCGAGCUUGUGAGGCGAUCAACUAGUUGGAUGGACCGAGCCGUUGCCAAGACGGUAUGCCGUAUGCGGCGUCCCAGUGCGCUGGCGGUGACCUCUCAGCGCCGGCGCUGCGUGCCUCUGCUGCUGGUCUGUCUGCCGCUGGGCGCAGUGCCCGUCUGGCUGUGCAUGUACCACCAGCUGGCUGAGCAGCACUCCCCGGCGCCAUCCGGCACAGGGGGCGGCGACGGUGCGGAGACGCUGGUGGUUCCCGUCGGUCGGCUGGUCGAGCCGUCACUGCCGACCCAGUCGUGGUUCGCCGGUGACCCGAGCUGCGCCCACCUGGUGACACAGUUCGGCCGGCCGGGCAGCCUGCCGGACGCCCGGAUCGCCUCGUUUCCCCGCUCGGGCAACACGUGGGCGCGCUACCUGCUGGAGGCCGCCACCGGCCUGGUCACCUGCGGACCGACCUUUGACAGUGAGGCCACCGAGCGGCGGCCGGUGGGGGCGCUGCCGGCCGUGGCCGACGUGACCGCCUACCGGAAACGGUCGCUCUCCACGUCUGCCGAGCUGAGCGCCGCCGGUUUCAUCGCCGAGCACGUGUCGCCGCUGACACGCACCUGCCUGGCCGCCAAGACGCACGUGUUCCCACCCGUCUGGCGGCGCGUGGACGGGCCCGGCGACGGGCGCACCGCCGCGGAGCAGUCGACAUCGGGCUCCAGCAACGGCACGUCCGGCAACGAGACGGCCACCGGCUACCCGCUGCCGGCGAUCCUGCUGGUGCGCGACCCGUUCCCAGCCAUCAUUGCGCUGCGACACCUGCUCAGCACCAACAGCAUACGGGCGCGCGCCGGCGCCGCCAGCUUCUCGGGCGCCGAGUGGCGGCGGUUCGUAGAGCAGCAGAGCCAGUACUGGCUCGAGCUGGCCGACGAGUGGGCCGAGGGGCCGCGGCACACGCUGCUGGUGCCCUACGAGCGGCUGGUGGCCGAGCCGGCCGGCCAGCUGCGCCGCAUGCUGCGCUUCCUGGGCGUGACCCCGGCGCCAGAGAGACUCCGCUGCGCGCUGAGACACAAGGAGGGCGCCUUCAGGAACACUGAGCACCCUGUGCUGCCCAGAGGGGAGGUCUAUGAUGCCGAUUUACGCCGGAUGGUUUGGUCCAGGAUUCGGCUGCUAGAUGACACGCUAUCAAGUCGCGGCUACCGUCAGCUUCCAUUAGAGCUGUAUUCGUUCUACAAAAGGACUAGAAAAUGAUGCUCCUGCUGACUACUUUUUCUGUUGUACAGAAAAAGUCUGUUGUUGUACUUUUUCUGUAUAGGUAUGAUAGGUACUAUCAUAAGUGGGAUGCCGUGCAGUUGGGUCAUUUAUUAGAAACAAUGUCAAAGGAAGCACUUCUCGACACUGGACUGGAAUAGACGACUUUAAACAUAUUGCCAGUAAGUGAUAUCACCCUGUUGAUAAAUGCCCGUUCUUC